UUUUGGUAAAUAUGGCCAAAAAAGACGAUCCCGUUUAUAACAUUAAACUUGUGGAAGAAAUUGAAAAACACCCUUGUCUGUACAAUUAUAAGUUAUCCGACUAUUCAAAACGAGAUGUAACAGAUUUGGCAUGGGAAAGUGUGGCAAAAUCGUUAAAGGACAAAGCGGAAAACUGCAAAGAAAAAUGGAGGAACCUUCGUACAGUGUUUGUAAGGAGACAAAAACCACCAAGUGGUUCCGGAAGAAAAGAUUGUAAAGUAUACUAUAUGACUGAACAUAUGCAAUUUAUUUUACCGUAUAUUAAAGGAUUCAGAAGUGUAGAUAGUACGGGAAAUCUUCCUUCCCCUCCGAAUGUGAUGGACGAUGAAGUUAACGAAACUGAUGAAGUUGAAAACACCGAAGAAAAUGAAUUCGAAUCGACUGCAGAAAGUUUCAACAUGACUAAAUCAAGCAACGAACAAGUAUUUACUCCAAAAGUUAAGAAAAAAAAGACAAACACUUCAGAUGCUGCAGAUCAAUGUUUUAUUGAUUAUAUUAAUACUAAAAAACAAAAUUCCAAAAAAGAAGAUGAUCCAAGAAAACAGUUUCUGUUAAGUAUGUUACCUGAAAUACAUCAAAUGACUGACAUCCAAAUGAGGAAAUUCAAACGUAAAAUGUUAGAUACAAUAGAUGAUAUUUUGGGAGAAUCAAGUACCGGAGUAGCUGACUAUUUCCAACCUAUUCGUCCUAUUUCAAACCAUUCAACUCAUUCAAAAAACUAUUCUGUCUAUUCGCCAAGUGUAUCAUCAUACGGUUCUGAAUCUAGUUCAGUUUUAACUUCACCCAUGUACAUACAAAAUUCAAAUAACUUAGAACAUACACAAACAUUACAAGAGUACCAAAGUGUGCUAAAUUUGAGUAACAUUGAACAAGUGCAGAUAAAUCCAAACACGUCUUGUAUACCACUCAAUAUGCAAGAAUAUCUUACAAAAAAAUAAUAU